AUUAUUACACACUUGCGAGUUGUUGUUCAAUUUGUUCGCGAUGCUGCCAGAUUAUAAACUUUUGUCGAGUUCAAUUAUGUACGCCGAAUCGUCGGCAUUGUUUGUUCUAAUUCGCUCCAUAAACUUUUUGGCUCCGGACGGCUCAUUUUGAUGUGCAAUUAGUGUCCGAGAAUUGUGUUAAUUUUUUAUGAAAUUCAGUCCGACUGUAUCGCAGAGCUCCUGGCAAACAAAAUCAAACUAUUUAUAUUUCACCAUGUUCGAUGGGGUCAUCAUCUGGCCGUUUAGCCGCAGAGAAUCGGAGGAGGACCGACGGAAAUAUAUCAUAAAGGUUUUCCUCGAGUUUGGUGGUUUCCUUCUCAUUGGAAUUGUACAUUGGAUCCUGAUGCUAACGUUAUUGCAUGAUUGGUUCCUUGACAUGGUAAAAGAUAACUUACCUGCCCUGAUACUCGCCUUUGUCAUGGGUAUGUUUCUUCUCGCGAUAUUCUCCGUUAGUACACAACUGCGAAAAAUAUCCUGUAUCAAUUGGAUUAUUACCUUAGUUAUCGUGGAAUGUGUGGUAUUUUCUCUCAGUUUGCUGAUCGUAUCUUCGGGAAUACUUUAUAUGCUAGCAGGAUUUUUGAUAGUGUCUUUGGUAUUUGUGAUGUGCACUAUAAUAGCUGUUUUUAUGACGCCUGAUCUCACAGAAGCAGGACUUUAUCUAUAUAUUCUAGCUACUGGUGCUUAUGUGAUGAGUCUAUAUUCCCUUUUAUUCUAUGCAGUUCUUGGCAUGACCUGGGGAUUUUAUGCAUUCGCAACCUUAAUCGCUUGCAUUGUACUGCUAUUCCUGAUGUAUCAUGUGCAGACCAUAACGGGCGGAAGAGUGCUCUCGGAAGGUCUGUACGAUGACAAGUUAGCCGCCUUGCUGCUGUUCCAUGAGUUCAUAGGUCUCUUUGUGCUAACGCUCUACUGGCGGCCCAUAAUGCAGCGCCUGCAGUUGAAAGAAUAA